UGGUGAAACAACCGUCUGCUCUCGGCCAGUUAACACUGGCAUCACAGCUUUCACGGCCCCUCUCAGCCCUUUUCAGCAUUGUGGUGUACCAAAGCAGAUUUACCUUCAAUAACCAUUUAUUAAAUCUCUAUCCAUUAGACUCUGAGGCCUCAAGAGCUGGCUGCAUUAAGCCUGAUUAUGGGAUGCCCGGCAGAGGAAAAGGGUCUAUGUGUCAAGUGUGUCAUCAAGUGAUUUAUAUCCCUGGCUGGAAUAUCUGUCUUGUCAGUUGAGUGAAAGCUGCAGAGAGGGGAGAGAAGCACUCAGACCUGCACUGAUGGAGAAUCCAUUCAAGAUGGACACUAAGGGCCAGGCUGGCACUUUUAAAAGAUCCUCCCUCAAACGCAGCACAUCUGGCUCACAAAAGGCACAGAAAGCUUGGAUUGAGAGGACAUUCCUGAAAAGGGAAUGUGUUCACAUAUUUCCCAGCAAGGACCCAACCAGAUGUGCCUGUGGUCAGCUGGUGACGCAACACGUGGCCAUCCCUCCUGGUGCCAAUUCCAUAGCAGAGGCGACCCCACUGGUGCAAAUCGAGACACCGAAUGAUAAGUGGAGUGUGGUGAAGCACACCAGGACCUACCCUACAGACUCUUAUGGGAUCAUUGAGUUUCAGGGAGGAGGAUUCAUCAACAAGGCAAUGUACAUUCGAGUCUCUUAUGACACCAAGCCUGACAACCUCCUGCAUCUGAUGGUGAAGGACUGGCAGCUGGAGCUGCCCACGCUGCUCAUUUCGGUGCAUGGGGGUCUCCAGAACUUUGAUCUCCAACCCAAACUCAAGCAAGUGUUUGGCAAAGGCCUGAUAAAAGCAGCCGUCACCACUGGAGCUUGGAUCUUCACGGGCGGAGUGAACACAGGCGUGAUCCGUCACGUUGGGGAUGCCUUAAAGGACCAUUCAUCCAAGUCGCGAGGGAAGGUGUGUGCAAUAGGGAUUGCUCCUUGGGGCAUCUUGGAGAACAAAGAGGAUCUCAUUGGAAAAGAUGUGACCAGACCCUAUCAAUCGAUGGGAAACCCACUGAGUAAGCUGGCAGUGCUCAACAGCAGCCAUUCUCAUUUCAUCCUCACCGACAACGGAACCUGUGGGAAGUAUGGCUCUGAGGUCAAACUCCGUCGACUGUUGGAGAAGCACAUCUCCUUGCAGAAGAUCAACACUCGUUUGGGUCAGGGUGUUCCUCUUGUGUGCUUGAUAGUGGAGGGAGGUCCCAAUGUCAUUUCCAUCACCUUAGAGAGCCUAAGGGAUGAGCCUCCCAUCCCCGUGGUGGUCUGCGAUGGCAGCGGCCGCGCCUCAGACAUCAUAUCCUUCGCACACAAGUUCUCAGAGGAUGGAGGGUGAGGUCUCAGAUAAUUCGUCUCUCGCAACGCCUUGGUGGUAUUCUCGGGUCAAAGAAGUUUUAAAUAUGAUUUAUCAAUCCUCUCCUGAAGCCUGGUUAACGAUGAUGUCCGAGACCAGCUCUUAGUCACAAUCCAGAAGACGUUUAAUUAUAGCAAAAGCCAGUCUCAGCAGAUCCUGCUCAUG